GUGAGAGAGAGAGAGACGUCAGAAAAGAGAGGGACUUUGUGUUUGUAAUGGAGGAGACUGGAGGACUUGUGCCCAAGCCAAGCGUGAAGAAAGGCUUGUGGAAACCGGAAGAGGACUUGCUUUUGAAAAAAUAUGUGGAGGCUCAUGGAGAAGGGAAAUGGGCUACUGUUUCUGAAAGAUCAGGAUUGAAGAGGGGUGGGAAGAGUUGCAGGCUGAGAUGGAAGAAUUAUCUGAGACCCAACAUAAAACGUGGAGAGAUUUCCAAAGAGGAAGAAGAUCUAAUUAUCCGGAUGCAUAAGCUUCUCGGAAACCGAUGGUCUCUGAUCGCGGGUCGCCUCCCAGGUCGAACUGAUAAUGAGGUGAAGAACUAUUGGAAUACCCAUUUGAACAAGGGACGGUCCCGAGGCAAAAGAAAGAGCCCCAGCAGCGAUGAUGACGCUGGAAACAAGAGACACCGAGGAUUGCCAAAUUCUCAGCCUGUCUGCGACGGAAGUCCAGAGAAGAGCAGUGAAGGAUCCGAGGGAAGGAAAGAAGAGGAGUCUCAUAAUAUUCUUGAUAAUAAUCCCAGGAUGGAAGAUACAAAGAGCCUCAACCAUGACAUAAAAUCUCCAUUGCCGCCAAGUGUGGAGGACACAGCAUUCUUAUUUUAUGCUGAACCCUUCAUAUCCUUCCCAGAUCCCUUUGUUCUAUUUGAAACAUUGGGGGAGAUGGAGUGGUGAAGACACCCACUCACCGUCACAACCGGAGGAGGGCAUGAAGCGACUGCCGUGUCCUGGGCUGUUGAGUGUGAAUUAUGAUUGCUGUUGUUGAAUGUUGAAUUAUGUUGGUUCUUUUUGUUUUGUUUUA